AGACAACCUCAUCAGCCUUGAAAGGUGCCAUCCAGUUGGGUAUUACUCACACUGUGGGGAGCCUGAGUACUAAACCUGAGCGGGAUGUCCUCAUGCAAGAUUUCUACGUAGUAGAGAGUAUCUUCUUUCCCAGUGAAGGGAGCAACUUAACUCCUGCUCAUCACUACAAUGACUUUCGUUUCAAGACCUAUGCACCUGUUGCCUUCCGCUACUUUCGGGAGCUAUUUGGCAUUCGGCCUGAUGAUUACUUGUACUCCCUCUGCAAUGAACCACUGAUUGAACUGUGCAACUCUGGAGCUAGUGGUUCCCUCUUCUAUGUAUCCAGCGAUGACGAAUUCAUCAUUAAAACAGUCCAACAUAAAGAGGCGGAGUUUCUGCAGAAGCUGCUUCCAGGAUACUACAUGAACCUUAACCAGAACCCUCGGACUUUGUUGCCUAAAUUCUAUGGACUAUACUGUGUGCAAGCAGGUGGCAAGAACAUUCGAAUUGUGGUGAUGAAUAAUCUCUUACCACGUUCAAUCAAAAUGCAUAUCAAGUAUGACCUUAAGGGCUCAACCUACAAACGUCGGGCUUCUCAAAAAGAGCGAGAGAAGCCUCUCCCCACUUUUAAAGACCUGGAUUUCUUACAAGACAUCCCUGAUGGUCUUUUUUUGGAUGCUGACAUGUACAAUGCCCUUUGUAAGACCUUGCAGCGUGACUGUCUGGUGCUGCAGAGCUUUAAGAUAAUGGACUAUAGCCUCUUGAUGUCAAUCCACAACAUUGAUCAUGCACAACGAGAGGCAUUAAACAGUGAAACACAAUACUUGGUUGACACUCGCCGACCAGCUCCCCAAAAGGCUCUCUAUUCUACAGCCAUGGAAUCCAUCCAGGGCGAGGCUCGAAGAGGUGGCACCAUGGAGACUGAUGACCAUAUGGGUGGCAUUCCUGCUCGGAAUAGUAAAGGGGAAAGGCUCCUGCUUUAUAUUGGCAUCAUUGACAUUCUGCAGUCUUACAGGUUUGUUAAGAAGUUGGAGCACUCUUGGAAAGCCCUAGUACAUGAUGGGGACACUGUAUCAGUGCAUCGCCCAGGCUUCUAUGCUGAACGGUUCCAGCGCUUCAUGUGCAACACAGCGUUUAAGAAGAUUCCCUUGAAACCCUCUCCUUCCAAAAAGUUUCGGUCUGGCUCAUCUUUCUCUCGGCGAGCAGGACCAAGCAGCAACUUCUCCGUUAGUUACCAGCCAUCGGUCUCUGGAGAACACAAGGCACAAGUGACAACAAAGGCAGAAGUCGAGCCAGGCAUUCACAUUGGUCGUCCUGAUGUUUUACCUCAGACUCCACCUUUGGAGGAAAUCAGUGACGGGUCGCCUAUUCCUGACCCCAGUUUCUCACCUGUAGUUGAAGAAAAUUUGCAAAUGCUAACUACAAGUACAACCUUGGAAAAGCUUGAAGUUGCAGAGUCAGGAUUCACCCAUUGAGCAGAAAACCUUAGAAUUUCUGGAACAAGAUUCUACAAUCUCUGUGAUUCUAAGAUGUCAGUUCUUGCCCCAGCAAUGCUGAAUUUUCUUCUUGGUCAUCAAAAAAGGAGUAUAAUGGAAGUGAGUGGCGUUCUCCAUCACCUUCCUGAAGAAGACUGUCUUUUCCUUCCCCUUCCUCAUACAUGGACAUUAGUGCCUCAGACACUUGAAGACAGCAGCAUCCCUUCCACUCCAGAGUUGGGCGGCACGAAUUUUCAACUGGCUAACCUUGGCUUCCACGAUUGAGUAUUUUUCAAACCCCCAUUUUUCAUGUUGGAAAUGGAGUUGCAGGACAUGGUGGUUUUGUUAACCCUCAUCUAUGUUUCGCCAGGAGCUGGACUCUUAAUUUCCUCAGGACAGACUAGCUGGCACAUUUUCCCACUGUAGUCUUUCUCUCUGGUACCUGAAAGAAGACCCCUUUAAACUUCGUAAAUGUUCUUGGGGUAGCAUGGUGUUUAACCAUCUCCCAACCUCUUUUUCUUUCUUUUUGCAGGGUUUUUUUUUUUGGCCAGGGCUGGGUUUGAACCCGCCACCUCUGGUAUAUGGGGAUGGCUCCCUAC